AAGGUAAUAUAAAGCCAUUAUAGGAAGAUAGCAAGGGGGCUUUAUUUGGGGGCAUUGGAGGGGACAUGCUCCUGUGGCCCCCUCAUCCCUCCAUAGUCUUCCAAAUCCGGAAAUGGAGAGAGACAGUCUAAUAAUAGAAAGCAAAGAAAUGGUGUUUUCCUUUGAGCUCUGAUUAGACUGGUUGGUAAAGAUGUCUUACUCUGCUGGAUUUAUUUACUGUACUGGGCUUGUUUUCAUUGUUUUGGUUAAACCCCUGAAUUACUCAGGGAGACUAACUUGGCCCCCAGGGGAUUUUCCCUUCUUCCUACUACUUGUAGGCAAAUGCCCUAAUCCCCUCAGAGGAUGGGGCCAUAAUGUGCCUAUUGUGUUGCAUUACCCUAGUCACUUUCCCUGUGUCUGAGGUUCCGGUCCCAGAGGGCCGUCCAGUCUUGCCCUCACCUGGGAAGAGUGAAGAGUUGAGAGGUGGCUUAGUUGUUGACGGGCCCUCAGCUUUAGGGGUCUGUGAACCCCUUGAAAGUUUUUGCAGAAUUUUGUGUAUGUGCCCAUGUGCAUUUUUUGAGGGGGAGAAUCCGCAACUUUCAUUAGGUUUUCAAAGGGAUCCCUGACCCCAGCUUUAAAUGGCAAUGUCUUUUCCAGAAGGGCCAUCCACCUCCCCCACCAUAGAACCUCCCAGAGAUCUUUGUUUAACCUCCAAGCUUCUGAAUCGCAGAGGUGAAAAGGAUUCAGAGCACUAACCAGCUGCCUCUGUUGAUAGAUAAGGCCUGGGGGUGACCUAGUGUGAACUGAGACCCGGGCCCCGGAGCCAGAUCAUUUUUGUGACCUUGGGCAAUUACUUAGGCUCUUCUGCCUCAGGGUCUUCAUGUGCAAAGAGUGGGUAACAAUUCUAGUAGUCCCUGUUUCAUAGGGUUUCCUGAAGAUUCAAUGAGAUAACCUUUUAAAAUGUUUAACACAAUUCAUGAACAUAAAUGUGGAGUAAUCGUUAGGCAUCUCCCGACAAAUAGCUGUCAUGUCUGUCUGGUUAGCUAUAGAGCUGUUGUAUCAUACUACCUCCGAAUUCUCUUGCCAGAAUAAAGUCUUACGCCUUUCAUCCUUGGCUUACAAAUGUGAUAGUGUCUUAGUUAAUCGACUCAUAAGUGAAUGAAUGAACAGAGAAAAGAAAGAUGGUAAUAGAAGUAUAAAUAGGUUUAGAUGACCUUUGAUACAAGACUGAAGGAACUUUAUUUACCUUAAUAAUUUUUUUCAUAACUCAACAGUUUAUACUAUUUAUUCAUUCACCAGCCAUUUAUUAAGCACGUACUAUAUCUCAGACUGGAUACAAGGGAUAUGUUAAUUUUCAAACAAAGAAAAUGGGGAUUUCAAUUACUUUAAAGAUCCCUAGUAUUUGGUGCAUAGUAAUUGGCAUUUGGUAGAUUCAUUGAAGGAAGCUGAUGAGGAAAUGGGCAAACGUUAUAGGAGAGAUUCUGUUCAGUUUCAGUAAAGCUAUUGGUUGUCUGGAUAGGUAAAUGGGGAACUCAUCAUGCAGAUGUUGGCUUCACAUCCCUGAUGACAAAAGAAUUCUCUCAACAUGGAUGUGUCAAGGUGGGGAACAGGGAGAGUAUGACUAAUUGAAAUCCCAAAAGGAAUCGGUCUUUAUUUGGGUUCUCAUCCCCUCCAAUCUUGACAUGCAUAACAAAACUGGCAGACUUUAGCUCUGCUUCCAGCCCUGGCAGGUCUCUUCCUCGUUUCCCACCUCACAAACCAUAGGGAGGAACCCAGACCAUGAAGUAGACCAUCUGCCCAAGGGACCUCCCUAGGAGUGUUGAAAUGCCAUGCCUCUGCCAGUCUCCUUGCUUAGAGCAGAAGUCAGCUUGGAAUGUCCAGAAGGCCAUUCAGCCUCCAGUAGGGGCUGUGUCCAUGUAACAUGUCAAAGCCAACCCACACCAUAAAACUCUAAAGAAUUUUAUUGGUCCAACAGCUGGACAUGGAGACCCAGCGCUCAUCGCCUCUGUCAUUCCCCAAUGUCCUGCCAGAAGAAACGCCACGGCAGGCCCCUGCUGGACUCCCCCGAGAAGCCCUGUUCCAGUCCCGUGUUCUUCCCCCCAAAGAAAUGCCUUCUUUGUCUCCCUCUGUUCCCCGGCAAGGCUCCUUACCCCUCACUCCCAAGCAAGAGACCUCCAGCCGCAUGCCGCACAUCCUCCAGAAGGCACCCUCACUCCUGUACCCUGCAGCCUCUGAGCAAGAGACACAGCUCCAGGGUCCCCUGACUUCCCAGGAAGAGACCCGGUAUCCACCCCCAUGUGCUGCUGAACAAGAAAUCUCACUUCUCUCUCACUCCACCCACCACCAGGAAGCCUCACUCCACUCCCCUGAAGUUCCUGAGAAAGACCCCCUCCCCCUCUCCCCCACAGUUCCCGAGGCUGACAUGGACCCCUUGCUCCAGAGCCCAGUUUCCCAAAAGGAAACCCCCUUCCACAUCUCUUCUGCAGCCCAGAAGGACACGCCACUCCCAACGGCGGAGAUCACCCGCUUGGCUGUGUGGGCUGCUGUCCAAGCGGUGGAGAGGAAACUAGAGGCCCAGGCCAUGCGGCUACUGACGCUGGAGGGACGGACGGGGACAAAUGAGAAAAAGAUAGCUGACUGUGAGAAGACGGCUGUGGAGUUUGCAAACCACUUGGAGAGCAAAUGGGUUGUGCUGGGGACCCUGCUGCAGGAGUACGGGCUGCUGCAGAGGCGGCUGGAGAACAUGGAGAACCUGCUGAAAAACAGGAAUUUUUGGAUCCUGCGGCUGCCCCCAGGCAACAAUGGAGAAGUUCCCAAGGUCCCUGUCACAUUUGAUGAUGUCGCCGUCCAUUUCUCGGAGCAGGAGUGGGGGAACCUGUCCGAGUGGCAGAAGGAGCUAUACAAGAACGUGAUGAGGGGCAACUACGAGUCUCUGGUUUCCAUGGACUAUGCAAUUUCUAAACCAGACCUCAUGUCACAGAUGGAGCGUGGGGAGAGGCCAACCAUGCAGGAGCAAGAAGACUCAGAGGAGGGCGAACCGCCUGCAGACCCCAGUGCUGCCCAUGACGGCAUCGUGAUUAAGAUUGAGGUGCAGACCAACGACGAGGGCUCAGAGAGCUUGGAGACGCCAGAGCCCCUGAUGGGACAGGUGGAAGAACAUGGCUUCCAGGACUCGGAGCUGGGUGACCCGUGUGGAGAACAGCCAGAUCUGGACAUGCAGGAGCAGGAAAACAUGUUGGAGGAGUCCACAGAAGGCUCCGGCGAGUUCAGCGAGCUCAAGCAGAUGCUGGUGCAGCAGAGAAACUGCACAGAGGGGAUCGUGAUCAAAACCGAGGAACAGGAGGAGGAGGAGGAAGAAGAGGAGGAGGACGAGCUGCCGCAGCACUUGCAGGACCUCGGGGAGCUGUCCGGGAGAUACAGCGCCAGCAUAUACCAGACCCCGCUGCCAGGGGAGCUGUCCCCUGAGGGCGAGGAGAGCCCCCCGCCCCUGCAGCUAGGAAACCCGGUGGUGAAGAGGCUGGCGCCCAUGUCCCAUGGCGACCGGCACAUGGGUGACCGGCACAUGAGCGACAACCGGAGCUCCUCGAGUCAGCAGCAGCGGAACCGGCGUGGAGAGCGGCCCUUCACCUGCAUGGAGUGCGGCAAGAGCUUCCGGCUGAAGAUCAACCUCAUCAUCCACCAGCGCAACCACAUCAAGGAGGGGCCCUACCAGUGCUCUGAGUGCGAGGUCAGCUUUCGGCACAAGCAGCAGCUCACGCUGCACCAGCGCAUCCAUCGUGUCCGUGGAGGCUACGUGUCGCCAGAGCGUGGGCCAGGCUUCACUUCCAAGCACACGCUCAAGCCACGCCCCAAGUCGCCCAGCUCAGGCAGUGGCGGUGGCCCCAAGCCCUACAAGUGCGCCGAGUGCGACAGCAGCUUCAGCCACAAGUCGAGCCUGACCAAGCACCAGAUCACGCACACGGGUGAGCGGCCCUAUACAUGCCCGGAGUGCAAGAAGAGCUUCCGCCUGCACAUCAGCCUGGUCAUCCACCAGCGUGUGCAUGCGGGCAAACACGAAGUCUCCUUCAUCUGCAGUCUGUGCGGCAAGAGCUUCAGCCGCCCUUCUCACCUGCUGCGCCACCAGCGGACUCACACGGGCGAGCGGCCCUUCAAGUGCCCCGAGUGCGAGAAGAGCUUCAGCGAGAAAUCCAAGCUCACCAACCACUGUCGCGUGCACUCCCGGGAGCGCCCUCACUCCUGUCCAGAGUGUGGCAAGAGCUUCAUCCGCAAGCACCACCUGCUGGAGCACCGGCGCAUCCACACAGGCGAGCGGCCCUACCACUGCGCGGAGUGUGGCAAGCGCUUCACGCAGAAGCAUCACCUGUUGGAGCACCAGCGUGCCCACACAGGCGAGCGGCCCUAUCCCUGCACGCACUGCGCAAAGUGCUUCCGCUACAAGCAGUCGCUCAAGUACCACCUGCGGACCCACACAGGCGAAUGAGCCGCCGCCCAGCCUGCCUGCCCAGAGGCCUGAACCCAGCGGGCAGGGCACCCCUCUAAGCCCCCAGCCCCUUUGCUGUGAGCCCCUCUCUCCUUUCGUCCCUCCUCCCAAGGACACAGGGGUCCUGAGACCAGGUCGCUUGCUGCCGUGUUUACUGGGGCUCCAGGGGUGGGGAGAGCUUGGACCUGGGGGAACCCCUUCGGGCUGUUAAUUUCCUUGACAAUAAAAUGGAUGAAACCAAUCA